AUCAAGUGUUUCAGCAUCCGCGGAAAUGAGGCUACCAGUUGUCUCAACACUACUUCUCGCGGCCGGGUUUACCUCUCUUGCAGGUUCUACAGAUUCCACGCCAUCAUCACCAGAUGGCAGCGUUGAUUCGGUUUAUAUUGGAAACAAAGAUGAUGCGGCACAAGAUCCAUUGAAAAUAGGCUCCAUGGGUGCUAGCGAGUCGCCCAGGCAUAGGCAUGAGAAAGUACAUCUUAUGAAGAGAAUGAAUCGCAAGACUGGGAAAUGGAAUACGGUGCAUCCACGGUAUCGACUCCUUGAAGCGCUUUAUGGAUUUACGAAGUACCGGGAACGUAACAUGGCGGAGUUGGAUAGGUGGCGGUCGAUGUAUGGGAAUGUUGGGAAGUCGCAGAAGAAAGUAUUGGAGAAAGCUGCGAACUACACGAAGAAGCUUAAAGACAUUGAAGAGCUGAUCUAUGCCAAUGAGGUUCUCUGCAAAGCCAUUAUUGCAAACGCAAUGACAUUCUACGGAAUCGAACAGAAGGAACUUGAUGCACACAUUAAAGAAGCCGAGACUGCAGGCCGUGUAGCCGAUCGCGUCUCGCCCUCCCAGACGCUCAAGCACUUCGUCCGUGACUGGGCAGACGAAGGCUCUAAAGAGCGCGCCGACGCGUUCCCCUGCAUCCUCAGCACCCUUAACCACCUGCAAGCCUCCACCUCUGCUCCCGCACCCCUCAAGAUCCUGCUCCCCGGCUCCGGCGUCGGCCGUCUCGGUACCGAAAUCGCGAACCUGGGUGCCUUUGAGGUCACGCUGAACGAGUGGAGCAUGUACAUGAACAUCGGCUACCGAUUCCUGUUCGCUCCCGGCGUCUCUACCUCGACGCCGGCCAGCAUGCAUCCGUUCAUCGACGGGUUGAGUCACCACGCAACAACGGCGGAUCUGCUGCGCGCCGUGCAGUUUCCGAAUGUCAAGCCCAGCGAGGAUGUGCUGCUGGUUGAAGGCGAUUUCAACACAGCGUUCAAUGGUCAGAACGGACACUACGACAUCAUUGUUACGCACUUCUUCAUUGACACUGCGAGGAAUCUUAUGAGCUACUUUGAUACAAUCCACAGACUGCUCAAGCCAGGCGGCAAGUGGAUGAACCUCGGGCCGCUGCUGUAUGGAACGGGGCCGUUCGUGCAGCUCAGCUUGGACGAGAUUGUUGCUGUGGUCGAGGAGAUGGGGUUUGAGUUUGAGGAUGUGGGGGAUGAGUGUGGUGCGUUGACAUUUGAAGACAAGAAGGUUAGAUGGACGGAGGCGGAAUAUGGGUUCAAUGGGAAGGCGUUGACGAGAAAUGCGUACAAGGCGCAGGUGUGGGUCGCACGGAAGAUUUAAGAGGACUGCGCCUGUUGUUCCAAAACUAUUUAGGGGUACGGCAUGCAUCGCCUAAAAGGUGUAGACCUAAAAUUGAGCCAUCGUUUAAUGCGCC